AUGGUCCAGGGCGGCGGCUACACGCAGCGCUACGAGCAGAUGCCGACGCGCGCGCCGAUCCAGAACGAGGCUCCGGAUGCCCCCGGCAACGAUCGGGGGACAAUCGCCAUGGCGCGCACGGCCGAUCCCCACUCCGCCACCGCGCAGUUCUUCGUCAACGUCGUGGACAACGACUUCCUCAACCAUCGCGGCAAGAACCCGCAAGGGUGGGGCUAUGCCGCGUUCGGCCGGGUGGUCGACGGCAUGGAGACGGUGGACCGCAUCGCCGCGCUGCAGACCGGCUCCCGGCGGCCCCUUCCGAGCGACGUGCCGCAAGAGGCCGUGGUCAUCGAAAAGGCGACGGUCAGCGGCGGGUCCUAG